AGUUAUCGAUCCUAGUCCGAGCGGAGAGACCACUUCUGCUCCCGCCACAGAACAUAGACUACUCACGUGAUCUCGCGAUUGCACUUGCCGGGUUUCGAACGAGCUGAACACUGCUGUACGGUGCAAUGCUGUUCCUUCACUCUCUCAGUUCGCCGAUUUUUCUUCUACAUCUUCCUCUUUGAUGCAUGUUCAGGAGAAUCUCCGCAUUGCUUCUUAUUUCUCUGAUCUCCAUGUCCAGCUCGCCGACUUAUCGCAGGAGCAAGAUCGACCGAGUGCAGAAAACUGAGUACGUGAUGGCUCCUCUGAGGGACUCUACUUUGCCGAUUAUUUGGGUCUUAGGCGGUCCCGGCUCGGGCAAGGGCACGCAGUGCGAGAAGAUCGUGGCCAAGUAUGGCUUCACGCACCUGUCGACCGGCGACCUGCUGAGGAGCGAGGUGCAGUCCGGGUCGCCCCGCGGCAAGCAGCUGACGGCGAUCAUGGAGCAGGGCGAGCUGGUGCCCGUCGAAGACGUCUUGGAGCUUCUGAAAGAAGCCAUGGAAGCCUCUAUGCCGACGUCCAAAGGUUUCCUGAUUGAUGGCUACCCCAGGGAGUUGUGUCAGGGCAUCAUUUUUGAAGAAAAGGUUGCAACAUGUACGUUGAUCCUGAACUUCGACGUAAGCCCAGAAACGAUGACCGUGCGACUGCUGCACCGCGCCGAGACGUCCGGUCGCGCAGAUGACAACGAGGAGACCAUAAAGAAGAGGUUGCAAACGUUCGCCAAACACACGCAACCUGUGAUACAACACUUUAGCGCAAAGUGCAAGACGAUUAACGCAGAAAGGAGCCCAGAAGAGAUCUUCAAGGAUGUGGAGAUUGUUCUGGACCCUUUGGUGCAGAAGCUGUGAUGUUUUCAAGCUGUUAUGCUACUUUCACCAAAAUGCUGCAAGAUAAUGUUUGCUCCACUGUUCUAGGUGGCUAGUCCGGAACGUGUCAGUUUUUUAUGCACUUGAGUAAGCGAAAAGUGUGUGGUUAAUUUUGCAGUUGCUUUGUUCAGCCAGCUGAUGUGGAAGUUAUUUGUUUGUACUCCUAAAGUUUAGCAGCUAAAAUUACAAAAGACUAUUGUGCAAAAAAUUAAAACAAUUUACAUUUAAACAUGUUAAAAUAAUGUAUAAGCUAGAGACAUUUGUGAAUACUUGCCAUUUAAGUAGAUUGUCUUAUUUUCUCAUUGUAUUUUGUGUUUUCAACAUAGUGACGAUACAGUUUUUUUUAUUGCAAACCACUAUUUUAUAAUAGUACUGUCAGAAAAAUACAUCAUACAUUUCAUAGCACAUGUUUCGUGAGUUUCAAAAUACAGUAGACUCCAGAUUAUUCAGAGGCGGGUUAUCCGGUUUGCAGAGUACUGUGUCAUAUUUCACUUUCAUAAACCAUAAAAACUUUUUUUUUUUUUACUUUUUAUUUCCAUGUGCACACAUGGGAUGGGCACUUGUGUAGCACAAAAUACAAUGCAAUGCAUAGUAAUGCAACAAAUUAAUAUUGUGACUAAUCAACAAACAAUAUUUUGCUUUUCCUCAAUAGCUAUUUGCUUCUUCCAUUGCAUAAUUAUUUUUGAAAACGCCCAAGUGUUCAGCAAACGUUUAUAUUCCGCCAUGCUGCAUGUCACAGCAGCUCUGGAGAGAGAAGCCAGAAGUUUUCGGGACUGGUUUACCUUGCGCCACUAGGAUCAUGGCAGACACACAUUUAGUAAAUAAUACAGUACGUGAAUUUUUUAAUUCAAUUUUUGGUUAAUUAAUCUCUAAAUGUUAUUCAACAUUUAUUUAAAUGUACAUCAAAUGUAUUUAAAUAUUUUAACGGGAGAAGUGUCUUGAUUAAAAUGGUAUUCAGCAAUUACACUUACCUAUUUGGAAAAUGGAAUACUUUUGAUUGAAAUAUUCUCUUAUGGUAAAAAUACGUGUGAUUAGCGUUGUUUUGAUUAGUACUCUGUUUUACUGGAACAAAUUAGGGCAUUACUUUGAGGGAUGGGUGUUUGUGUUUGUCUAAAUAGUCUGGAUAGAAAAAUUUCAGUCAGUGUUUUUUUUUAUUAUUUUUAUUUAUUUAUUUAUUUAUGUACAUACAUUUUUUUAACCAUGUUUUUCGGUAUUCAUGGACCCCUCUCCAAACAUUAGUCCAGAUAAUCAGGAGUCUACUGUACUAACAUAUUUUAUUCAAAUUAAAGAUUAUAUGCUACCUAAUGUUCAUUGAAAUUGUUUUAAUAAAUUCGCUCAGCUUAAAUUUUAACCAAAUUUAUGUUUAUCUAAAAAUUAGAAUAAUAGAAUCUUAGGUAGAUCACUAUUAAUGUCUGCAUUAUAUUAUCUUGAUGUUUGACUUAAAAUUAUUUAUUGUACAGUGUUAAUUUUAUAAAGCAAAUAAAAUGGCUCCCACCUAUGAUGUAAUUAGAAAUAAAUUUUGGGGGAAGUUUUAUGUAAUAAACUGAUCUAAGUAUGCAUGAUUAA